AUGAGGCUUAGUGCUCAUGUUUUGUUUUGUUUCUUCUAUAUAAGCAUCACUUGUGAAGUAAAUAUAGAUGAAUGUCUAUCAAAACCCUGUCUCCAUGAUGGAGCUUGUAUUGAUGGCAUCAAUCAUUAUACCUGUGACUGCAAGAGUGGCUUUUCUGAAACACACUGUGAAACAAAUGCAAAUGAUUGCCUCUCAAAUCCUUGUCUGCAGGGAAGAUGCACAGAUGUCACUAAUGAAUAUCAAUGCUCCUGUGAUACAGAAUGGACUAGCUCAAGAUGUGAGAUCAAGAUUAAUAACUGCACAUCAACCCCUUAUAUGAAUCAGAAGUCAGACCAUGGCUUUACUUGCAUUUGCCCAAGUUGCUACGUGGGUGCAUAUUGUGAAAUAAGUAUUGAUAGUUCUGCUGAGCGGGAACUGAAUAUGGACCUCUGUGUUAAUGGAGGGAUCUGUCUUGGUGAAUCUGGACACACAUUUUACUGCAGCUGCCUACUGGAAUAUGAGCUCCUUAAGGACAAAUGCUUGUGUCUGAUUUUUCUUGUUCCCGUCAUUACUGUCUGGGAUCGGCUCCGAGACCUAGAGAAGGAUCUAGACGGCUUAUCAUUUCUCUCCCGAGAUAGUGAUCUCUCUCUCCUCCUAUCUCUGGAAAGGGACCUGGUCCGGCUACGGGAGAAGCUUCUCUAUGAUUUCUCUCCCGGGACAGUGAUCUCUGUCUUCUCCUAUCUCUGGAAAGGGACCUGCUCCGGCUACGGGAGAAGCUUCUGCAUCUUGGAGAUCUGCGGCGAGGUGGAGGACUCCUUCAAGGGCGACGGUCCCAAGAGGGAGACGGGCCUCGAUUUCGACUUCUCCUUUCACCAUUGGACAGUUCCACUCUUACUCGGCAGCCACACAGGGUUCUCCCGUCUAGCUCUCGGACAGCAUCAGCUGCAUCUCGAUGAUCUUCAAACUCCACGAAAGCAAAGCCGGGAGGGUUGGCCAGAACAUCCCUGUGAGAAGGGAUUUGAUGAGUGCAUUCUCAAAUCAUGUGUUCAUGACAUGUGUGUAGAAAAUGAACUGGCUGACUCGACAUGUUUCUGCCUACCUGGUUUUGUGACCUGUUCCAUCGGGCUUCUUUGUGGUGAUGAAAUAAGGAGAAUUAUCCCUUUACUUCCUUUCUCUCCAAGAGCAGAUGACAUUCCUACUCAAAUGUAUAUAGUACCUACUUCUGAGGCAAGGGCUACAAGACUAUGGACCAUAAUGAAUACUUAUCCAGUUGACCAAGGUUUAAAAGAGACAGACAUUUUCAAGCAUGACAUUCUCUCAACCACUGGUUUGUCAGCAUUAAGUAUUGGCAUAUCCCUUGAAAGCUAUCUACUGAAAGAGCUGAUUUCUACUAGACAACUUUCAACAAAACACACACUUACUUCUUCCACAGAUGUUUGCUCUUCUCAGUUUCUGAAUUUUGAUUAUCAUGACACAACACAAAUUGUCCGGAGCACAACAGCUGUCUCACAUAUGCCUAUCCAAACUUCAGCUGUCUCACCAGGAUUCUUUUUCUUCAAUAGAAGAGAGAGGACCUCGUUUAUCAUCUCUUCCUUAAUGACAGAUUUUAUUUUUCCUACGCAAUCUGUAUUACUUGACAAUGAUCAGGCUGUUGCCUUAUCUGCUGCCGCAAUGAGUUCAGUAAUUAGUGGCAUUCCAGGGGCCUAUGCUGAGUUAAACAGGCACUCAUUCCUCUCCCCUGGAUUGCUGCUCACAACUGCUUCCACAAGCAUACCUCCAAUUGUUUCUAGGGGGUCUCAAGAGGAUACUGAAGAAUAUUCAGCUGUUACCGUAAUUUCAAGAAGAGAGUACUGGAGAUUGCUGAGCUCCUCAAUGUCUCCCAUUUCUCCUGCUAAGAUAAUUAUAUCUAAACAGGUAGCCAUCUUAAACUCAUCAACUCUGCCCAGAUCCACUACACAAGCCUCCAUUCCCAGUGAAUAUCAGAUUAUUACUGAAGCAUCUAGCAACCAGAGACUCACAAACACCAAAUCACAGACUGCUGAUUCCUUAAGUGAAUUAAGCCAGACAUGUGCAACAUGUUCUGUGACUGAAAUAAAAUCCUCUCAUAAAUUCUCAGAUCAAGUUUCGCAUAGCGAACAGUCCCAUUUUUAUGAGACAUUCGGGAUGAACUCAGAGAUAUUAGCCAGCUGGUAUGCACUAAUGGGAACUCAAACUAUCACUUCUAGGCAUUUAUUUUCUUCUGCUACUGAAAUAAUGCCAUCACUAGCAUUCACAGAACUGUCAUCUUUAUUUUCUUCUAAAAAGAGUACAAAAGGAAUAAGUUUAUCCUUAUCCUUGAAGGAAUACAUUACCCUAUCAAGUAAUUUGGAUGUUAAUUUAUGUUUGGAUAAAACUUGUUUAUCCAUCGUCCCUUCAACUGUCUCUGAUCUGCUGAAUUCUGAUUUGACUUCAAAACAAACUGAUGAUCUGUUAGUAUCAAGAAACAUUUUUAAAAUAUUGAAAAUAGGACAAUAUGGUAUAACUGUGGGUCCCACUGAGACACUGAAUCAAGACAAUUUAUUGGGUAUGCAAGAGAAUAAAGGAUCUCAAAAUCAGCUCAAAGUUCCUAAGGAUUUUAAAUUAAAUUUACAAAGUCAUCCAGAAACUAUGUAUUCAAAUGACCUCAAAUCUCAAAUAUAACCCUUCACUGUAGACUCAAUAUCUGUUAUUUCAAAAGCAACCUCUACUGUUGCAUUACACACCAUUUCACCAACUUGGUCACUUCCAAUACAGACCUCUUUUCCCUUGUCUGUAUUUAUGCCACAUUGGACAUAUUAUACAGAUGAUCUGCCUUUAAUAUCUGAUUUAAAAAAAGAGUUCAGAACUUCUUCAGAAUGGUCCAAAUGGAAACUUCAGCCUAGUAAUAAUUGGGAAUCUGCUGCCGCAGGCCAGUGGCUUCCCAUCACUACAUCUCUUACUUUGUCUUCAUUGGAGUCCAUUCCAGCACCUCGUCAGCUGUUGAUUUCUGGUUUCAGUUGUGUUUGUUAUUAUGGAGAUUCCUUUCUAGAAUUUCAGAAUAUAUUUUUAAAUCCACAAAAUAAAUUCAGCUCCUAUGGACUUCUGCUCUACAUCAAGCAAGACUCAAAUUUAGUAAACGGAUUUUUUAUUCAAUUAUUUAUUGAAAAUGGUACUUUGCAGCACCACUUUUUCUGUGCUGGUGAAGCAAAAUUGCAAAGCAUUAACACUACAAUUAAAGUAGAUGAUGGACAAAGGUAUUCACUGCUUAUCAGGCAAGAAUUGGACCCAUGUAAAGCUGAGCUGACUAUUCUAGGGAGGACUGUAAAAGCAAGGGAACCUGUCAAUCACGUGUCUGGAAAACCCCUGCAGGAAUCAUGGUCUGUCUUUAUUGGUGGAUUUCCAGAUCUUCAUGGAGCAAACCAGGUUUCUGGAUCAUUUGAGAAUUUUACUGGCUGCAUAGAAGUUGUAGAAAUCAAUAACUGGGGAUCUUUCAUUCCAUCCAAGGCAGUGAAAAAAAUUCACAUUAAUAACUGUAGCAAGAUUUUUCAUAUUAACAAGAUCGGCAACAUCCUCCUUUACUGCUCCUUCUGGUGGGACAGAGGGGUGGACUCCAUGGGGACUUCCCUCAGCCCCUCUCCUGCAGUGCCAUCCGUGUGCCAGGAGGAUGUGUGCCACAAUGGAGGCACUUGCCAUCCCAUCUUCCUCUCAAAUGGUGCAUUCUCAGUCCAGUGUGACUGUCCACUACAUUUCACUGGCCGUUUCUGCGAACAAGAUACAGGUUUAUUUUUCCCAUCUUUCAAUGGGAAUUCCUAUUUAGAACUGCCUUUCUUUGCAACCCUAAGUGAGUUGAAGUCUGUCCUGGAAAAAGAACAUAACAGAAUUGUUACCAUCUACUUGACUAUAAAAACAAACACGCUGAAUGGAACCAUUCUCUACAGUCACGAGAAGAAUUUUGGAUAACAGUUUCUUCAUUUAUUUCUUGUGGAAGGAAGGCCCACAGUUAAAUAUGGAUGUGGAAGUUCCCCAAAUAGCUUGACUCUCUCUGCUAAUUAUAGCACUAACACAAAUGCAUUCAUCCCUAUCACCAUACGCUUCACAGUGCCUGCUGGUAGCCCUGGGGUUGCUUGUAUGAUUGAAAUGACUGCAGAUGGAAAACCUACAAUACAGAAGAAAGAAAUGGAACUAUCAGUGCCUCUCAGCACACUUGUCAAAGCAGUGAGAGGUUUGCUGUUCCAGGUGUGUGAUCAAUACACAAAGAUGUCAGAGAUCCUCAAUGAGAGCAAGGUCACAGCCUUGGAUUCGCUGAGUCUGCAGGUUCAUGAUAGAUCCCAGAUUGCAUUAGCAGUAUAUUUUGAAUCAAUGUUCCUUGGCCAUAUACCUGAAAAUGUUAAGAUUCAUAAGAAUGUGGGCCAUAUUUAUGGGUUCAAGGGCUGCAUUGGAAAGCUUCAAGUAAACAACAAAGAAUUCUUCAUCACUGAUGAAGCACUACGUGGAAAGAACACUGAGAACUGCCAUGUCUCUUGGUGUGCUCAUCAUCGAUGCCACAACAACGGCACCUGCAUCAGUGAUGGUGAAAACCGGUUUUGUGUGUGUCCAAGGCUGUACUCAGGCAAGCUGUGCCAGUUUGCAAUGUGUGAAAACAACUCAUGUAGAAACGGGGCCACCUGUGUUCCCAAAUCUGGGACAGACAUCGUCUGCCUCUGCCCCUACGGGAGGUCUGGACUCCUCUGCACGGAAACUAUUAAUAUCACUCAGCCCAGGUUCAGUGGCAUGGGUGCCUUCGGAUACACUUCAUUCCUGGCUUAUUCGAGGAUCCCAGACAUCAGCUUCGAUUAUGAAUUCCACUUGAAGUUUCAGCUAGCAAACAACCACUCGGCACUGCAAAAUAACGUCAUCUUCUUCACCGGGCAGAAGGACCAUGCAUGCCCCAGGCAUCUUCUCAUUCCGGGGCUGAAUGGCGAUGACUUCCUGGCAGUGGGUUUGCGCAACAGCCGCGUGGUGUACAGUUAGAACCUGGGGUCCGGCAUCGCAAGUAUCAGCAGCGAUCCUCUGGAUCUGAGCCUUGGGGUCCACACGGUCCAUCUGGGGAGGUUCUUGUGAAUGGGCUGGCUGAAGGUAGAUGAUCAUCAAAAUAAAUCCAUCAUCUCCCCAGGAAGACUGGUUGGUCUCAAUGUCUUCAGUCAGUUUUAUGUAGGUGGCUACAGUGAAUACACUCCAGAUCUCUUGCCAAAUGGAGCCGAUUUUAAAAAUGGCUUUCAAGGUUGUAUUUUCACUAUUCAAGUUCACACCAGGAAGGACGGCCGUUUCAGAAGGCUGGGAAAUCCUGAGGGCCACCCAGAUGCUGGGCGCAGCGUUGGCCAGUGUGACGCUUCUCCUUGUAGCUUAAUGAACUGUGGCAACGGUGGGACCUGCAUGGACAGUGGAGCUACUGUUUACUGUGACUGCCCCACUGGGUGGAAAGGAGCCUUCUGCACGGAGACAGUUUCCACCUGUGACCCUGAACAUGACCCUCCCCACCACUGUGGCAAAGGGUCAACUUGUGUCUCGUUGCCUCAUGGGCACAUCUGUUCCUGUCCUCUGGGAACCACUGGAGUCCACUGUGAACAAGUUUUAUCUAUAAGUGACCCAUCUUUCAGAAGCCACGAAUUAUCCUGGAUGUCUGCUUCCUUUCAUAUUUGUAAAAAGACACAUAUUGAAAUGCCGUUCCAGGCUUUUUCUACAGAUGGUAUCCUUUUUUACGUGGCACAACACCUAACAGCACAAUCAGGUGAUUUUUUAUGUAUCUCUUGAGUAAAUGGUGUUCAACUUCGUUACAAUCUGGGUGACAUAACUGUCAUUCUAGAAACUCUCCAAAAAGUAAGUACUAAUGGAAGCAGUUGGCAUGUGAUUAAAGCAGGAAGAGUCGGUGCAAAAGGCCACCUGGAUCUGGAUGGGAUAAAUGUAACAGAGAAGGCCGACGUUAACAUUAGCUACCUGGACACAAACACUGACUUCUAUAUUGGAGGAGUUCUUGUAAAUCCCAUGGCAACAGCCAAUGCACUGGUAGGUUUUCAAGGUUGUGUCCGAGAAGUUAUAAAUAAUCAAGAAUUACAAUUAACUGAACUAGGAGCGAAAGGUGGCUCAAAUGUAGGUGACUGUGAUGGGACAGCCUAUGGGUACACCGUGUGCAGAAAUAGGGGUGAAUGUAUAUUAAAUGGCACUUUUUUGUGCAGAUGUCCGCCACACUGGACUGGAAACACAUGUGACCCAUCUGUGUACUGUUUGAAUCACCUUUGUCUCCACCAAUCUCUGUGUAUACCUGACUGGCCGUUCUCUUACAGUUGUGCUUUGGGUUGGGUGGGAAGGUUUUGUGAAAGCAAAACUUCAUUUUCAACUGCAAAAUUUAUGGGUACUUCUUACAUUAAACAUAUUGAUCCACACUAUAGAAAAAGAAACCUCCAGCUCACUACUGUAUCCUUAAAUUUCAGUACUACUGAAAGAGCUGGCUUAAUUGUGUGGAUAGGAAAAGCUCAAAAUGAAGAAAGUGAUUUUCUGGCAAUUGGUCUCCAUAAUCAGACUUUGAAAAUAGCAGUUAACUUAGGAGAAUGCAACUCUGUACCGAUGAUUUAUAGCAAUGGUACAUUCUGUUGUAAUAAAUGGCACCAUAUCAUUAUAGUCAAAAAUCAAACUCUUAUUAAGGCCUUCCUAGAUGGCAAGCUAAUCUCUGAGGAUAUUGACCCACACAAAAAAUUUGUUGCUCUGAACUAUGAUGGUAUUAGUUACCUAGGGGGUUUUGAAUAUGGUCAAAAGAUAAACAUUGUUACUCAAGAGAUUUUUAAAAGAAAUUGUGUUGGUAAAAUUAAAGAUGUAUUUUUUCAGGAUUCAAACAACGAGUUAAUUGAAUCAGAAGGGUACAAUGUUUAUGAUGGAGAUGAACACAAUUAGGAUAACUUGAGAAACUCAGUUUUGCCCAGUAUCAGUGAUGGAUAUAAUUGUGAAUAG